AUGUCCAACCUCGGCGGCGGCGGCGCCGAGGCGCACGCGCGAUUCAAGCAGUACGAGUACCGCGCCAACUCCAGCCUCGUGCUCACCACCGACUCCCGCCCGCGCGACACCCACGAGCCCACCGGCGAGCCCGAGACGCUCUGGGGCAGGAUCGACCCGAGGUCCUUCGGCGACCGCGCCGUCCAGAACAAGCCGCCCGAGCUCGAGGAGAAGCUCUCCAAGGCGCGAACAAAAAAGCGCCGCGACGCCUCCGCACAGGAGGUCUCCGUCCUCUCCCUCACCGACGACGCCGUCUACAAGCCCCAGACCAAGGAGACGCGCGCCGCCUACGAGGCCCUGCUCAGCCUCAUCCAGCAGCAGCUCGGCGGCCAGCCCCUCGACGUCCUCGCCGGGGCCGCCGACGAGGUGCUCGCCACGCUCAAGAACGACAAGGUCAAGAACCCUGACAAGAAGAAGGACAUUGAGCAGCUGCUCAACCCUAUCCCCAGCCAGCUCUUUGACCAGCUCGUCUCCAUCGGCAAGCUCAUCACCGACUUUCAUGAUGCGGCGGCCGGCGAUGCUGCCGGUGCGCCUUCUGCCGACGCCAUGGACACCACCCUUGAUGAUGAUGUUGGUGUUGCUGUCGAGUUUGAAGAAGAUGAAGACGAGGAGAGUGAUUUUGAUCAGGUGCAAGAUGAGCUGGAUGAGGAUGAUGAAGAUGACGCAGCUCAGUUGAAUGGUCCUGGAGGUAUGCAGAUGGGCGGUGAGUUAGACGACGACGACAUGCAGAACGCCAACCAGGGGCUGGCCGUCAAUGUUCAGGACAUCGAUGCUUACUGGCUCCAGAGGAAGAUAUCCCAGGCAUAUGGGGACGGUGACAUUGACGCCCAGCAGAGCCAGAAGCUUGCCGAGGAUAUCUUGAAGAUCAUUGCUGAGGGCGAUGACGGAGACGUCGAGAAUCGCCUUGUCAUGCUCUUGGACUAUGAGAAGUUUGAUCUCAUCAAGUUGCUGCUAUGCAACCGUCUCAAGAUUGUUUGGUGUACCCGCUUAGCCAGGGCCGAAGAUCAGGAACAGAGGAAGAAGAUAGAGGAAGAGAUGGCAAGUGACCCAAGCUUGGCUCCGAUUUUGCAGCAGCUACAUGCAACCAGAGCAUCCGCGAAGGAGAGGCAGAAGAACCUGGAGAAAAGCAUCAGGGAUGAGACCAAGAGGCUCCUCAACAAUGAUGCUGCUGCCAGCGCUGAUGGUGCCAGGGACCGCAGGGCAGCCGAGCGGGACAUGGAGAGUGGAUGGCUGAAAGGACAGAGGCAGCUGCUUGAUCUUGAGAGCCUCUCGUUCCAGCAGGGCGGUCUCUUUAUGGCUAACAAGAAAUGUGAACUUCCUACUGGGUCGUUUAGAACCCCUCAUAAGGGAUAUGAGGAGGUUCAUGUGCCAGCACUGAAGGCUAAGCCCUAUGAAACAGGGGAGAAGAUUGUCAAGAUAUCUGAUAUGCCAGAGUUUGCACGGUCAGCUUUCGACGGGAUGACACAGCUGAACAGAGUUCAGAGCAGGGUCUAUGAUACUGCUCUUUUCACACCAGACAACAUCCUUCUCUGUGCUCCGACUGGUGCUGGCAAAACAAACGUGGCUGUGCUUACCAUCCUUCAACAGAUUGGUAUGCAUAUGCCGGAUGGAGAGUUUGACAAUACCAAGUACAAAAUUGUCUAUGUGGCCCCGAUGAAAGCAUUGGUCGCUGAAAUCGUUGGGAACUUGUCGAAGCGUCUGGCUGGUUACAAUGUUACUGUUAGGGAGCUCAGUGGAGACCAGAACUUGACCAAGCAACAGAUUGACGAAACACAGGUUAUCGUCACGACACCUGAGAAAUGGGAUAUUGUGACCAGGAAAUCAGGGGACAGGACCUAUACCCAAAUGGUGAAGCUGUUAAUCAUUGAUGAGAUCCAUCUGCUACAUGAUAACAGAGGGCCUGUUCUGGAAAGCAUUGUUGCUAGGACAGUCAGGCAGAUCGAGACUACCAAGGAGCAUAUUCGUCUGGUUGGGCUCUCUGCGACUCUACCAAACUACGAAGAUGUUGCACUAUUCUUGCGUGUUCCCAAAAAAAGCCUCUUCUACUUCGACAACAGUUACCGACCUUGCCCUCUUGCUCAGCAAUACAUUGGGAUCACUGUGAGGAAGCCAGUACAGAGGAUGCAGUUGAUGAAUGAGAUCUGUUAUGAGAAGGUUAUGGCUGCCGCUGGUAAGCAUCAAGUGCUUAUAUUUGUACACUCGAGGAAGGAGACAGCAAAAACUGCCAAAGCCAUCAGAGACACGGCGUUGGCAAAUGACACAGUCAGCCGCUUUCUGAAGAAUGAGAGUGCAAGCCAAGAGAUCCUUGGCACUCAUGAUGAACUUGUCAAAAGCAAUGAUCUUAAAGACCUCCUGCCGUAUGGGUUUGCUAUUCAUCAUGCUGGGAUGGCAAGGGUUGACCGGGAGCUUGUCGAGGAACUUUUUGCUGACAAGCACAUUCAAGUACUUGUAUCCACUGCUACCCUUGCAUGGGGUGUCAAUUUGCCUGCGCAUACUGUUAUCAUAAAGGGUACACAGAUUUACAACCCAGAGAAAGGUGCUUGGACAGAACUAAGCCCUCUGGAUGUUAUGCAGAUGCUUGGUCGUGCAGGGAGGCCUCAGUAUGAUACACAUGGAGAGGGAAUAAUCUUGACUAGCCACAGUGAAUUGCAGUUCUACCUGUCUCUUAUGAACCAGCAGCUGCCUAUUGAGAGUCAGUUCGUAUCCAAAUUAACUGAUCAAUUGAAUGCAGAGAUUGUUCUGGGGACUAUUCAGAAUGCUCGCGAAGCAUGCUCGUGGCUUGGCUACACUUACCUCUAUAUUCGGAUGCUCCGCAAUCCAACAUUGUAUGGUUUGCCAGCAGAUAUCUUGGAGAGUGAUAAAACACUUGAUGAAAGGAGAGCUGAUUUGAUACAUUCCGCUGCAAAUCUACUGGAUAGGAACAAUCUGAUAAAGUAUGACAGGAAAACAGGAUACUUUCAAGUUACUGACCUGGGAAGGAUUGCCAGUUAUUACUAUAUUAGCCAUGGAACUAUUUCAACAUACAAUGAGUACCUGAAACCUACAAUGGGUGAUAUCGAGCUGUGUCGACUGUUUUCUCUGAGUGAAGAAUUUAAGUAUGUAGGUGUCAGGCUAGAUGAGAAAAUGGAACUGGCAAAGCUUUUGGACCGUGUGCCAAUUCCUGUCAAAGAGAGUUUGGAGGAAUCCAGUGCAAAGAUCAAUGUUCUGCUGCAAGCAUAUAUUUCUAGGUUGAAACUGGAAGGCCUUUCUCUUAGUUCGGAUAUGGUCUACAUCCGACAGAGUGCUGGCCGUCUCCUACGAGCACUAUUUGAGAUUGUUUUGAAGAGGGGAUGGGCUCAACUAGCGGAGAAAGCGCUGAAUCUUUGCAAGAUGGUUGAUAAACAAAUGUGGAGUGUCCAGACUCCCUUGCGGCAGUUUACUGGAAUUCCAAAGGAGAUCUUGAUGAAACUGGAGAAAAAGGAGUUGGCAGCUGCACAAGUGCAUCCACCAGUUACCAACGUAGCCAUCGACGACGCCGAGGCAGGGUUGCGUUUCGCAAUCACCGCCAUGGCCGCGGAUGCGACCUGCGACGUCUCCACCGCCAAUGCCGCCCGUGCGCUGCGCACCAUCCAGGGCGUCGAAGAGGGCUCCUUCUCCAUCACGCCGUUCUACCCCGAGCACUUCCUCGUCCAAUGUACAUCGCAAGCAGCACGCGACCGAAUCCUGGGGGCCUCCCCGGUGCCCGUCCCCGGAACGUGGCUCGUGCUCCGCCCAUGGACACGGCUCUCCCACGGCGCGACUGGGACUAUGAAAUUCAGAGUGGCAAUCGAGCUAGAAGGCAUUCCACCACAUGCUUGGGCUGAGGACACGGCGGCGAAGAUUCUUGCGCCGAGCUGCUGGAUCCACACCGUCCAUGAACUAUCGCUGUCCAAGGCGGAUCUUUCGGCGUACAAGCUAUCGGCCUGGACAUGCGACCCAAGGGACAUACCCAAGGUGGUCUGGUUACACAUCGCCGAGAACGAGAUCGUCCGUGUCGGCAACCUGCCGCCCUACCUAAGGAAGAAGGACAUCCUCAGCUACCGGGUGCUCGUGCACUUGCGCCAUGUCACGGACUUUGACCCAGACAGCCCUUCCCCGACACCAUCACCGCCGAAGUCGGAUGACGGCGACAGCGGGCAUGACGGCAACCCUGACCGCCAACACUUCUCCAGGGGAACGGCAUCACGCAUUCAGGGGUUCCGCUGCCACCGGGGAACCAUCGACGGGGAACAGCCGGCGGUCAACAACGGAAGCGGUGCGCCCCUCGGUCGUACAGCCAACGUCAGUCGGUCUCACCUACCCUUCCAGCACGGUACAGCUGCAAAGCAAGAUGCCCAACCACGCCACCAUGUUCCGGUCUCGCAGCGCAUCCCCUGUGCGGCUGCAGAUGAGACAUGCGACGGCGGGACAAAAUGCAGGGAGCACGACAGCGAAGAGUGCCAGUUCGAAUUUACUCGACAAGGAAACUACGACAAGAAUGCCGGAGGACAGUCGGCCUCGGACCCCAUGGUCCUUGAGGCAGGGCUUCUCAGCGAGACGGCUUCUCAAAGCAGGGCAGACAGCUGCCAUGGGACAUACAGCAGGGAGGACCAAACGGGGCCGACCACCCAGGAAGAGAUGGUCCUGGAUGAUGCGGGUGCCGCCAACUCCGUGCCCGCGAACGUGAGCCCGGGAACGGAACAUCACACCGCUGCGGAACGAGCCGCGGAACUAGAAAUGGCCACGGCCAUCGGACGGGUCGAAUCACCCACGGCGCCGGCCUUGGCACUUCAGGCUGGCGCGGCAAGCGCGCAUGUCAAAUUACCUGCUACGUGCGACUGCCAGACAAACGCCACGUCUAUGUGGGAUGAUAAGGUACAUGGAUAUGUGGAGCCCUUUUGGGUUAUUGUUGAGGAUAAUGAUGGCGAGUACAUUCUUCACCAUGAAUAUUUCAUGCUUAAGAAACAGUAUGUUGACGAAGAUCAUACAUUGAACUUCACAGUGCCGAUAUAUGAGCCACUGCCGCCUCAGUAUUUCAUACAUGUUGUGUCUGACAAGUGGCUUGGUUCUCAGACAAUUCUCCCUGUCUGCUUUAGGCACUUGAUUCUACCAGAAAAAUAUGCUCCACCGACUGAAUUGCUUGAUCUGCAGCCUCUACCUGUUAGUGCAUUGAGGAAUGCAAGAUAUGAAGGCCUCUAUAGUGCCUUUAAGCAUUUCAAUCCCAUCCAGACUCAAGUAUUCACUGUCUUGUAUAACAGUGAUGACAGUGUGUUGGUCGCUGCACCAACGGGCAGUGGGAAGACGAUAUGUGCGGAGUUUGCUAUACUAAGGAACCACCAGAGGGCAGUGUCCGGUGAGAGCAACAUGCGGGUCGUUUAUAUAGCUCCCAUUGAAGCUCUCGCAAAAGAAAGAUACAGGGACUGGGAACAGAAAUUUGGAGAAUUUGCCAAGGUAGUUGAGCUCACUGGUGAAACCGCAGCUGAUUUGAAGCUUCUGGAUAAAGGAGAGAUCAUAAUCAGUACUCCUGAAAAGUGGGAUGCACUGUCUCGCCGGUGGAAACAGCGAAAGCACAUCCAACAGGUCAGCUUAUUUAUAGUUGAUGAACUUCAUCUACUUGGGUCUGAUAAGGGACAUGUUUUGGAAGUCAUUGUAUCUAGGAUGAGGCGUAUUUCAAGUCAUAUUGGCAGUAUCAUACGGAUCGUAGCACUUUCAGCUUCACUUGCUAAUGCUAAGGAUCUCGGUGAAUGGAUUGGUGCUACCUCUCAUGGCCUCUUCAACUUUCCUCCAGCAGUGAGACCUGUGCCAUUGGAAAUUUACAUUCAGGGUGUGGAUAUAGCGAACUUCGAGGCAAGGAUGCAAGCAAUGACAAAGCCCGCCUACACUGCCAUCACACAGCAUACAAAGAACAGUAGACCUGCCCUGGUGUAUGUACCGACAAGGAAGCAUGCAAGGCUGACUGCAUUGGACUUGUGUGCAUACUCUAGUGUUGAGGGUGGUGGAACUCCGUUUCUCCUUGGGUCAGAGGACGAGAUGGAUACUUUCACCAGAGGUGUUGAAGAAGAGACGCUUAAGAAUACACUUAAAUGUGGUGUAGGCUAUUUGCAUGAGGGUCUAAAUGAACUUGAUCAGGAACUUGUAACCCAGCUGUUCCUUGGUGGGAGGAUCCAAGUGUGUGUUGCGAGCAGCACAAUGUGUUGGGGAAGACCAUUGCCUGCUCAUUUGGUUAUUGUCAUGGGGACCCAGUAUUACGAUGGCCGUGAGAAUGCUCACACCGAUUAUCCAAUUACAGAUCUGCUUCAAAUGAUGGGUCAUGCCAGCAGACCACUUCAAGAUAACUCAGGGAAAUGUGUUAUAUUGUGUCACGCACCUCGCAAAGAGUACUACAAGAAGUUCCUUUUUGAGGCCUUCCCUGUUGAGAGCAAUCUUCACCAUUUCUUGCAUGAUCAUAUGAAUGCUGAGUUGGUGGUUGGUGUUGUAGAGAAUAAGCAAGAUGCCGUGGAUUAUCUUACUUGGACUUUCAUGUAUCGGCGGCUGACAAAGAAUCCUAACUUCUACAAUCUUCAAGGUGUAAGUCACAGGCAUCUUUCAGACCAUCUUUCUGAGCUAGUUGAGACUGUCCUGAAUGAUCUUGAAUCAAGUAAGUGUGUGGCUAUAGAGGAGGACAUGUACCUGAAGCCCCUCAACCUUGGCCUUAUUGCUUCAUACUACUACAUUAGCUACACAACUAUUGAGCGAUUCAGCUCUAUGCUGACCCAGAAGACUAAGAUGAAAGGACUCCUAGAUAUUCUAGCAUCUGCUUCAGAAUAUGCAGAGCUUCCGGGUCGUCCUGGUGAGGAAGAAUUCAUUGAGAGGCUUGUUCACCACCAGAGGUUCUCUAUCGAGAAGCCCAAGUAUGGUGAUCCACAUGUGAAGGCCAAUGCUCUGCUGCAAGCCCAUUUUUCAAGGCAUACAGUGGUUGGAAACCUGGCAGCUGAUCAGCGUGAGAUUCUUCUUUCUGCCCAUAGGUUGCUCCAGGCAAUGGUUGAUGUUAUAUCUAGCAAUGGUUGGCUUAGCCUUGCUCUUAGUGCAAUGGAGUUGAGUCAAAUGGUGACACAAGGCAUGUGGGAUAGGGAUUCUGUGCUGCUUCAAGUUCCACACUUCACAAAGGACUUGGCCCGGAGGUGCCAGGAAAACGAAGCGAAGCCCAUCGAGAGUAUCUUUGAUCUUGCUGAGAUGGGUGUCGAUGAGAUGCGGGAUCUUUUACAGCUAUCAAACUCUCAGCUGCAGGACAUCAUUGAAUUCUUCAAGCGGUUCCCUAAUGUUGAUAUGACCUAUGAGGUCCGUGAGGGUGACGAUAUAAGCGCUGGUGACAAUGUAACUGUGCAGGUAACGCUGGAGCGCGACAUGACUAACUUGCCAUCUGAGGUUGGUCCAGUUCAUGCGCCAAGGUUCCCCAAGCCCAAGGAAGAAGGCUGGUGGCUGGUGAUUGGUGACAGCUCCACAAACCAGUUAUUUGCCAUCAAAAGAGUGGCACUCCAGAAGAGGGCGAGAGUGAAACUUGAGUUCUCUGCUCCUGCAGAGGCAGGGAGAAAGGAUUACAUGAUUUACUUGAUGUCAGACUCUUACUUGGGCUGUGAUCAGGAGUAUGAGUUCACCGUUGAUGUCAAGGAUGCUGGAGGGGAUUGA